AUGCACUCAGCAAUCAACCGCGCGCAGGCCGUCUUUGGCUUCUUUACAACUGUCGCAUUCUUCGUUGCCGGACUAGCCGCUUUAUCUGUGUUUCUUCAUCCCGCGACAGACGUCACAUCCAGCGUUGAGUUGAAGAAUGUUCAAGUAAUCAAAGGCCGGCCACACUACUACUCAACCAAGCGCGAAGAAUAUGCUCAAAUAAAAUUCGACCUUGAAGCGGACUUCUCCCCUUUGUUCAAUUGGAAUACGAAACAGCUUUUCGUCUACGUCUUAGCUGCCUACCCUGCCGCCUCCCCAGCCGGUGAAACCCUUCGGAACUCCGAGGCCAUCGUCUGGGAUGCAAUCAUACCCGCCGAAGAAUCUCCCUACUCCUUCUCCAACCUCAAAGAACGAUUCUUCCCGUCCAAAAAGUCAACUAAGAAAACUAGAAAGAGCUCCAGCAAGAAAGAUAAGAAAAAGGAAACGGCACCAGCAACACCCGGUGUCGUGAGCCUGAAGAACCAAAGAGCGAAGUACCAAAUCACCGAUGUCUCGGGCAAGAUCGCAGAACGGGGGAAUGUGACGCUCAUGGUUGGCUGGAAUGUGCAACCCUGGGUUGGUGCUCUGUGGUGGAGUGAUGGGACAGGCACGUGGCCCAGGACUGCGGGCGAGGCUGGGAGGAGCAAGUCGUUUGAAUUCCCGGCGCUGAAGGUGAAGAACCCGCAGGCCGCAAGCAAUUAG